AUGAUUCAAAUUGUUAUAUUAUUUUUAAUAACUUUAGUAUUUGCUGUUUAUCUUAAAUGUUUUUCACCUUUAAAAUUAUAUUGUAAAAAAAACAAAAAAAACACCAAGAAUCAUAAUAGCAAAGGCACCUAUUCACAAAAUACCCCAUCACCACAAAAUGCUGUUUCUUUGACAUCCUAUCUUGAACAAAGACUACGUCAAGAAUCUUCCUAUCCAUAUGUAGCCCAAAAUAGCCCACCAGUUCAACAUUCCCAAUAUUAUAAGAACCAACCACAACAAAGUUUUAUGAAUUCACCUCCACCACAAUCAUUCAAUUCCCCACCAAUUCAAAAAUCACAACAUUUUUAUAAUCAACCACAACAAAAUUAUAUGUUUUCGCCUGCACCACAAUCAUUUAAUUCUCAACCAGUUCAACAAUCACAAUACUAUUAUAACCAACCACAACACGGUUAUAUGUAUUCACCUGUACCACAAUCAUUCAAUUCCCAACCAGUUCAACAAUCACAAUACUACUAUAACCAACCACAACACGCCAACCACAACAAAUGCAUAAUAGAUAUUAAUGCUUUAUAUUCAUUUUAUGAUCCAUUUUAUGUAAAAAAACAUCAACAACAAGGAUCAGGCUAUAGUAGUACAGGUGCACCAUUAAAAUAUCAACAACACUUUAAAACAGAGGGAAAUUACAUUUUCACAGGCAAACAACAAUCAUUUACCCCAUCGCAAAAAUUUUAUAGUAAACAAUCAUCCGUUUAUCACCAAAUUAAUAAAUCAAAAUCAUGUCAUUCAAUGGGUACAUCAAGAUCAUUCAAUAUCCCGAAACCACAAUACAAUGAAAACAAUAAAGUCGAAGUUAUUCAAUCCUAUUCACCAUUUGAUAAAUAUCAUUAUAUUUGCCCUGGCCAAGCAACUAUAAUUGAACUCAAAUCGUUUGAAUAG